GCUGCCUCGCUCGAUCGCUCGCUGGCUUCUUCGCCUUUUUCAUGAUGCUCGCUGAAUGGGCUCUUUAAAUGUUACGCAUUCGUCUCUGUUUCCCACCGUUGCUGCUUGCUCCUUCUCGCCGUUUGACUACACUGCUUCUGCUGCUGAUUUUCGCCUCAGGUGGGUAGCGGUGUAAAGGCGAUCGUAGUGUUGGGGUUAGAGUUGAAGGUAUAGGUGUGGCGUUGGAGGGGACGAUGGCGAAGAGUUCGUUCAAGCAGGAACAUCCUCUGGAGAAGAGGCAGGCAGAAGCUUCAAGGAUCCGUGGCAAGUACCCUGACAGAAUUCCAGUGAUCGUGGAGAAGGCGGAGAAAAGCGACAUACCAGACAUCGACAAGAAGAAGUAUCUGGUACCAGCGGACUUGACGGUUGGACAGUUUGUGUACGUGAUAAGGAAGCGCAUCAAGUUGAGUUCGGAGAAGGCCAUCUUCAUAUUCGUGAAGAACGUGCUGCCCCCGACAGCGGCCAUGAUGUCAUCGAUAUACGACGAGCACAAAGACGAGGAUGGAUUCGUGUACUUCACAUACAGCGGGGAAAACACGUUCGGAGGAGCGAGCGGGUGUUAGCAGGAUGGAAGAAGGGAGGUGGGAGAAGGCGGGUGAAUAAUGGAUGCACAGUUGGAAUGUUGAUAUAGGAGGCGGAGGUGGUGUUGGGUUUUGGGCCACGGGAGUGUAGGUGGGGAUGGAUGAAGUGGAGGUGUGGGGUGAUACAGUUGGGUUGAUGGGGCCAAUACCGUGGUGAAUGUGGGAUGAGGGAUUGGAAGGAGGAAGAUAGUGGUGUAAAUAUGAUUCAGGAAGUAUUGGAUACACAUCAGAGGAUACGAAUCAGCCGAGUGUACAUAGAACCCUGCAUAGGGGCUUCGAUCUGAUACCGUGUAGACAAUGGACAUGUGUUCUUAUAUAUUAUGUUAAUACUGUUCAAAAUUUGGGUGCGUGUGACACGUCACUCUGCUAUUGGUUUGAAGAAUUGCAA